AGAACUUCUGAUUUUUACGACAUAAUUUUUUAGAAACCAAAAAUUUUAGAGUACGAAAUUUGGACAGAGAACCAUCAUGAGUUCCCACAAAAAGUUGGAUGACUUUAGCCGGAAGUUGGACCUGGCCAAAUGGUAUAUGGGCGUUUCCACGCAACAGGAGACGGCGAUGUUUCGGAUGUCCGAGAGUCUGCGGGAUGACUAUGAGCAGGGAACGGGCGAAAAGAUGUACAAGGCCCUAACAGCCCUGGGAAUCCAACCGGUGAUAUCCAAGAAGAAGAUCAGUCGGAUGGUGCAGUUGAGCAGGAACAAUAUACUGGCCUUUCUGUACUUUGUGAUGGAGGGUUACUACAAGACGUGCCAGAAGGAUGGUGUCUAUAGCAUAAAUGAGCAGUUGCUGAUGAAUGCCAUUGCCAAGAUUGAUAUGUUGGCCACUAUAAGAGCUUUGGAUACUGUUCUUCCAAGGCCACCGCAGAAAAUGCCGGAAAUUGAGGCUCAGUCGCUGAAUUCCCUGAGUGUAGCAGAGCGUCCUUUGAAGAAACCAUCCAAGAAAUCACCCUACUUUCAAAAGCAACCGAAACCGGUGCAAAGAACCUCCCGUUUGACCGCCAAACUGCCUGAAUUUGUGGUAUCCUUUAACUUUUGGCCCAACAAUGGACCACCUAAUUAUGGGGAGGACGAAGAGGAGCCAUGGUAUGCCUUGUACCGCCUGAAUCCCGGCCAGCGUUUGAUCAAGAAAACCCUAUCCGAAACCCUGGAGCGUUAUUUCAAACUGGGUGGCUUGAUGGAGGAGGAAGAUAAACCCAAAGGUCGGGAGCCCGAGGCCAAUAUGUGUCUGCUGCACAAGGGACAGGUGGUGCAGGCGCAGCUUUUGAGGGAUGAACUGACGGUCAAGGCGAGGGAUCGCUGCCUGGAGCUCCUGGACGUGACCGAGCCGUAUGGCAAGCUGAGGAAGGCCAGGAUUGUGGCCCAGUUGGAGCACGACAUCGAUGUAAUCAUGGCACGCCAUCGCAAUGCGAUGCACUGCGACCAGACCAAAGUGCUGACCAUCGAGAAUGCGGAUUGUGUGCUGUGCCAGAAGAUGUUGGUAUCGCAACCCUGGCCGGAGCCCAAGGAACAGGCUGGCCGAGCUCUGGUGGGUGAGGAUAUUCAAGUGGCCCACACGGCCGCCAUCGACACUUACCACGGCAAGAGACUUGAGGGGGGAGGUGGCAAGCCGAAAAAGAACAAAAAGGAUAAGAAGGGUAAAAAGCCAAAAAAACAAGAGGAGCCACCGCCGGAACCUCCGAAGGAAGAGCCCAAGAAGGUAUCGCCCUGGAAGCCACCGCCGCGCAAACUGGUCAACACUCCCUUUCGAAUGCUUAGCAUGGAUUUUAAUGAUAAGUCCUCGGACAAAUGUAACCCCACACUGGAUCCCUCGGAAUGCGAUAAACCUCCGGCGCCAAGAAAGUCGGGCGUAUCAUUUCUCCUGGCCAAGGGAAAAAUCCAAACGAACAAUGAAACGUGCAAAAUGCGAGCAGUCAGCAAGCAGGUUAAAAAGAAGUUCUUUCGAGGACCGCGAUCAAAUAAACCCUACAAGUUCAAGUACCAUCGGGUCUUCCAGUCCGGUCAACCCAGACCCUUCGACUUGAAGAAGAUCAUGACCAGGUCGAUUGUAAAGGCGCUGGGAAAAUCGGAGGACGAACGAGGUCAUGAGUCCUGUAAUUUGGACUGCCUAAUGAGGGAGAUGGCCAUUGAAGACGAGCUGCCGCCGGAUAAUGAUGGGAAUGAUAAGAAAGCGGCUCCAGAGCCCCAAGUACCGUUCGAUUUAUUCGACGAUGAGGACAAAACCUCCGAUGAUAGUCGGGAAACCAUAGACCGUUCGAGCAACCACAGCUGUCGCAGUCGUGUGGAUUACAAGGCGGAGAUUGUGGAUGCGGUGGUGCGAUGUGCCAAGGCUAUUUGGCAGAAGCAGGCCCUUAUAAAGCGGGCCGAAAUGGAGCGUUUGGGCAGGAUGACGCCCCGAAAGGCUCUAACCCACAAGGAGACGGAUCAUUAUGAUCCCGACAACGCCGAGCAAAUGAACCAGUUGCUAAGGGAUGGACUGAGAGCUCUCCGGAAGGAACCCCGCUUUGUUUUGGCCAGUCUACCGGAGGCCCACAAGUUGCCCAUCCUCAGGGAAUGGAUCAAGAGGCGUUACGGAAAGACCUACAGCCAAAAGGAGCUCGGCGAAAGCAUUAUCGAGGCGAACAGGAUUUUCGAGCUAGUUACCGUGUGCCAGAGCAGUCCACCCGAUCCCGAUCUCAUGGGUAUAGAUCGGUUGCGCAGAUCCCAGGAGAACUUUAACAACUACAAGCGGAUCAAAAAUACGGCUGCCAUUGUGAAGCAAACCUUCCAUGAUCAGUUGAAUGCGCGCUACCUGGAGACCGUGGGCUCUGCCUGGUAUGCGAUGGGAAACUAUCUGGUGCCCGGAGGACCUCCUCGCAGGACCUUCUUCGCCUACAUAGCCUCGAAUCCGCAGGAGAUAAUGCGUGCAAAGGUGUGGAACGGGGAGUAUCGCAAUCACCGCGCCUUCCGUGAGAAGAGGAAGGAACAGGAGAGGCUUUUGGGCAAGAUGGAUGGUUAA